AGUCAUCUUUUCAAGUGGAAAGGGUUUGUUUGACAAUGAACAGUUUGUUUGUCGAGGGAACAAGUCUGACCUGCUUGAAGCAAUUAGUCCCUUGAAUAGAAACAUACAGAAAGGAACACAGCUUGACUGGGUGUCUUAUCCAUAGAGCAGUGGAAAGGGAGGAGUCCUCUCUGUUCUUCCGAUAAGUAUGGCUUUCCCCUGCUGCUGCUGCUCUUGGUUCUCAGUUGCUGGAGAAGAGAGGGAACCCCUCAAUAUACAGCAUCCAAAUAAAUGUCGUGAAAGCAACAGAACAGCUGGCUUCAGCAAAGACAAACCCCUCACAGUAAAAAGGGUCAACAUGCCUGAGAUUGACACACUGUUUGAUAACAUUGCUGAGACUUUUAACAAGCAGCAAGGGGAUUGCUUGGCUCUCUGGGAGGCCAUUCAAGGACUGAAAAAAGUCUACAACUGCUCACCUGCAAGCUAUCUUUCUGUAUGCAUGGAGAAGAUACAGCAAGAACACAGUGACUACAGUGUGCAGGUGCACAUGGAAGGAUACAGGUUUGGGCUGAAUGUGGGGGAUAAAGAAAUCCCUGAGCAACUGAAGCAGGCUCAAGAGCAGGUGGGGGAGCUGAACCGUGCCACCAUAGGCAUCAUCAGUUCACACACAAAACUCCAAGAAAUGAUCCACUCAGUGCUUCAAAGCCAGGACAAAUUGCGAGAGAGAAUAAAAGUAACAAACUCUGAGCACCUAGAUUGGAUCCGCCUUGAAGGAAACUUGACAGAAAAUAUUGAGAAAAUCCGUCUGGCUGAACAGUUCUCAAAACAGUAUAAAGAAGAAGCCAAUGGUGUGCUCAGGGAAAUGUCCAAGUCAGCUGGCUUGGCUUCCUAAGAAAGUGUUGAGAAUGAACCUGUAAUAGUUUGCAUUUCCUACUACAGAGAAGGUUUAAAGUGUUUGGGUCAAAAAGACUUUGGGGUAUAGUUCAACUGCACAAAUUGUCCACAAAGUAAAACUGAUCAAGAGAUUUCUGGAAGAACAAUCUCAUAUAACCACAUGUCAGAAGAUAAUGUCACAAGGAAGUCUCACACAGCUAUGGUCCUGUGAAACUGACAGUGAAAAAACAAACCUAAAUGCCAUUAAAUUACAAAUGGCUUCUAAGUGGCAAAAUGCAGUGCUGUUGCCUCCAAAUAGAUGUCACUUUGCUUGUUCAUGUCUGUGUUAAUCAUUUAGUUUUAAAUCAUGUUUGCCCCAGAACACAGUCAAUAAGAAACUGCUAGAGUAGUGAAAGGACCCCCCCCCCUUUUUCUUUAAGGGGGAAAAGUCAAUUUCCAAGUAUUAUGAAGGACUGCUGGGUCAUUCUUGUUUUCAGUGCAGGCUUAGCAUCUGGAUUCUAGAAACUUACAAGGGCAAGGUAUGCCAACCAAAGUGUUAGGCAACAAAGGAAUACAAUAGAUACAGGCUUGGGACAAAUGAAAUAAGUAAAAAUGUUCUUUCUGUUCCUGACAUAAUCAAGAUCUCCAAGAUAUUCUUCAGAAUCCAAAAGACAGAAAGCUUCAUGCACUGCCUGCCUGCUUUGUGCUUACAGCAACUGUUAACUCUUACUUUUAAAUAUGCAUGUAUAUGCAGAUUUUCAUCCUUUGCAUUUUUGCACAGUCACAAUCCAUGACAAGCACAAUAGUACCCAAGAUGCCUCCAUCUUCUUCUGAUCAUAAGGAAAAUCCCUCUCUUCGAACUCUGAUCUGUCUUUUAGGACAGGAUACCAGCAACUAAUAGCUUCCCCCAUUGAAGGGGUGAAUUUUUUCUUCCUACUUUUUCUAGUUCUCCUUCCCAAGCCAUCUCCAUCUUUAUCCAUCCAUUUUUAUUAUUUGGUACUUGGAAAAACUUGGUUUCAAGAGAACCUUGAAGGGUAGCAAUACUCUUUGACCCAUCCCAGCUAUUGUGUGAUGUAAGCGAAUGCAUGUAGUAAUCCAUAAUAUUUAAGGAACAGUAUUCAGGAUUUCAAUUUGUUAAAACAAACUUCUACAUUACAAGAGACAACGAAAAGGCCACUUUUUAUUCUCUGUCCUAUGCAAUUUGAUAUACAGUAUUUACAUUUCAAUGUUUUUCUUUGUUUUCUCAUUCUCCACAGUCCAAAAACUUUAGCCAUGUCUGUUAUCUACAUUAAUGUCUUUAUCAUUCACCAUGAUUAUAAAGACCCCCUCACAGCAUCAUCUUUUUAAUAUUUUGACAAGUCUCUUUUACUCCUACCCAAUCAAUCUUGCAUACCACUCCAUCAGAGUUAAAAAAAAAGUUGCUUGUCUUAUUUGAAUGAUGCCCAUGUGCAUACUGAGUGUAUAUUUGCAAUAAACUUUAUUCAACUAUUCUAUUAUUUGCAUUCAAUCUUACUGAAAAUUCUCCAGUUUAGAGGGAUGAGUUUUACAUCUGUUGCUUUUAUCUGCUUGAGUAACCCAGUUCCUUUCUCUAUGCACCAUAACUCUAGGCUUAAAAAAAUUGAGAACACAUGUACUCUCUGUAUAUGCAAAUAUUACAUAUGUGGAUGAUGAAACACAGUAACAAGAAGCUGCAGCCCUGUAA